GUGCACGCGAAAUGCCGGGUAAAGGAAAACUCCCGCUAAGGAAGUGAACAACGACGUCCGCCAUAUUUGUGCUUGCUGGAAAGCACCUUCUGGUCAAUUUGAGAUUUAUAAUUCGGUUUUUCACCUUUCAAUCGGGCUAAAUUGAGUCGGAUUUUACCAUCGAACGUGAGUACCGGUGGCCGUUGACCGAUGGGUGAUAAGUUUUGCUGAAAAUGGUUCGAACGACACGCACAUCGGCUGCGGUGAAAAACUCCACCCUGGCGAGUGGCAGCAGCAGCAGCAGCAGUAGCAGUGGUGACAGUAGUGAUAACAAAGGUGAGGCUCCGCCACCCACUGAGGAGGGUGAUGUUGCAACAGCGGGAGCCACCCCUGUGGAAGAUAGGGGUGACGGUGGUGGGACAAGUGUUAACAUAGAGGAAUUAACUUUGUCCCCAAAGUUGAGGGCUUCUGUGGUGUUGGAAAAGCUACCUAUGGAGGGAAUAAGCGCAGGGCCUUCGACGGGACCUGGAAGUGCCCGUAAGGGUGCACGGGGAAGAAAGAAAUCAAUUGGGCAACCACGGGCCACUCGUAGUCAGCAAAGAAGUCAAGCGUCAUCGUCGGCUGGCGAGGAGAAGGAAGAUUCCAAUGACGAUGGCCUAGUUGAACUGAUCGAGAUUGUUGAUGAAGACUCCAAGUCGCACGAAGGAAGUAAUAAGGCACCCUCGGAAGUGUCCGAAUCAACAACGAUGGCGAUGGAAGAGGAGCAGGAAGAUUCAAAGGACACCAAGAUGGAGAUUGAUAAGGAAUCGAAAGAGGAUUUAAUUCAGAUCGACAAAAAAUCCGAUGAAGAUGAAUCAUCCAGCACUGGAAGCGGUAGUACACCUUCAGUCCAACCGGAAAACGAAGGUGAAAGCGUUUCGAAAACCGACCUGAUCGGUACUCGCAAAUCCAAGCGGCAAGUCAAAGUAACGAACAAGUAUCGCGACUUUGUGGUAGACGCGCCUCUGCCAUCGUCUCAGGUGCCAUACGCGGACAUUAAGUUGGCACGCAGCAACGGUGGCGGUAGGAAAAGUCAGCCCACGAAGGAACCGGAAGUGGUAUCCUCGAGCGAGGAUUUGGCCCCCGAAUCGCCCCCAGCUAUGCGCAAUACUCCGCUGCGAACCUACGGGAACAAGAAGAAAGACAAAUCGGAGGACGAGCACGAAAGCAGGUUGAGAACGACGCGAUCAUGCACUCCCGUUCCUCGCGACAGCAGAUUCCGCAGGAAAAAGACCAGGUCGAACGCAGGGGAGGCGGCGUCCAUGGAUUGGGCGAUUGACAGCAUUACACUGUCCUCAGCGGAAGAUCCAAACGAUUCGACAUUGACCUGCAACUUUGACAGCAGUUAUUUCUCGGAUGAAGAUCUUUAUGGGUUUGGCAGUCCUUCGCCGGAGGAGUUCUGCGGAUGGCCGGACGAAGAACUCGACAAUCUGGCAGCGGGACCUUCGUCCACCUCGCUGUCGUCGAUGAUGUCAUUCCGAUCGUUGCACUGGGCGCAACCUUCCGAGGAGGAUACUUCCGGGAUCGAGGACAAAUCGUUGGAGGUGGUUGCGAGGAAAAGAAAGGGACGAUCCGGGAAGACGAUGACUGCACCGCAGCCGGUUAUUCCGGUACAGGAAGAACCGGUGCGACCGGCGGGAUCAAUGUUCAUCAGAAGAUCAUACAAAACGACAAGAAGCACGGCGGCAGUAGCGGUUCCGGCCAAGAUAAUCGACUUAUCUCCGGAAGUAAAAGCACCGGCAAUUGUGGAAGAGAAGAUUCCAGCGAAAGAAGAACCGCCGCUUACGGUUGAAGAACCGGUAGAACCAAUGGAAGUUACAGUCGAUACGACUGCUGAAAAUGAGGAUGUGUUGGAUGAUGCUAUUGAAAUUGUCCUUCAGGCAGAUGAAAUUAUAAACGAUGAACAGCUUCAAACUCCGGUAAUUCCCAUUACUCCGAAACCGUUCAGAAAACGGCGCAUUCGUGGUGGUACUAGACCUACUCCGGCGGACGGGCCACGCAGAGGACGAAGCCGACGAGAUACGGGCCCGAGCGUUAGUGAAGAGACGGCGGAAGCGAGCAAGCCAGUUGAUGAGGAGGAUGAACCAGAGGAUAAAGAGGUCCCAGUGCCUGUUCCAGAUGCCGUGGAGGAUGUGGCUUCCGGUGAAAUGGAGGUAGAUGCUCCCGUUAUAUGUGAUGUUACGGACGUAGAAAGCAGUGUUCCGACGAAAGUGGAGCCGGAAGUUGCUGUUGAACAGGAAGUUUCCGAUGUGAAGGUAGAGCCUGAAGAAGUGACUCCGAUUCCGACUGCAAUACAAGAACCGGUAGAACUGCCGACAAAAUCUCCAAAGAAAGAAUCGAGAAGGAAGUCUAUAUCGGAGCGCAGGAAAUCUACGCACAGUUCCAGAAAGUCGACGGUAGAACCCGUUCAACAAGCUGAGAAAGAACCAGAGAUGGUCAAAGAAAAGGUUGAAGAUCCUGCUAAGGUUGAAAAGGGUGAACCAGUUGUACCGGAAGUGAAGGAAGUAGUUCCGCCCGAACCAGAAAAGGAGUCAACCAAGGAAGAAGCACAUGUAACAAUAAAGGAAGAGUCUUCAGCGGAAAAGCUAGCAGCUCCUAAAGUGGAAACUACCUCAAAAACAUCGAAGGAGCAGAAGAAAUCUCCGAAAGAAAGUCGCCGCGAGUCUCGUAAGGAUUCGAAGAAGUCGUCCAAGAGUCGCGAUCGGGAGCAUUCCUCGAGAGAUAGGCGAGACAGAGAGCCAUCAAAAAGCCGCUCCAGUAGUAGUAGUAGUAAGAAGGAUCGCGACAAGGACAAAGAUCGGAAGCGUUCCUCCGAUAAAACGGAAAAGAAAGAUCGCCGGUCCGAGAGCGAGAAGCGGCCACAAGUGGAAAAGAAGCGUCGACCAUCGGAAUAUAGCGAGAAGAAAUCGGUUGAGGCGGAGAAGAAGCGCACAAUACCAGAAGUUACUGAGAAGAAACCAUCCGAGACGGAAAAGAAGGACGUUUCUGUAAUAAAACCACCGACGCCAGUGCCCACGAAGCCGCCGAGCGAUAAGACGAAAAAGUGCUUUGAGAGCGAACUCGGUGCACUGGACCCCACUGCAAAGCCGAAGCCGGCCGAGGAAUCCAAACGAUCGUCAAAGGAGACGGACAAGUCGUCCCGCAAGUCGGACAAACAUGGCAAAAGUCGCAGCAGCGAGUCGGAGACGAAGAAGAAACACAGGAGCAGCAGCAGCAGCACUGACCUUAAGGGAAAGGAAUUGAAAGAGAAGAGCCGUUCUACGGAUUGUUCUCCAGUUCCCAGCAAGGUUAGUUCUACGAAGAAGUCCUCCAAGGAGUCAUCCAGCAGCUCAAAGCGAGAAUCUUCCAGCAGUUCGAAGUCCCGAAAGAGUUUGAAGGACGACAGGCCCAAGGAAAAGGAAAAACCCAAGGAUAAACCGGUGGAGCUUCCUCCACUCCCAGUUGAGGUGAAGCCGACGCAGACUGAACAACCGAAACCCGUGGUCGAAGUUCCAGUGAAAGAUGUGUCGGACGUUAAACCUGUUGUGAAAGAAGAACCACCACCACCGCCGCCGCCGCCAGAGCUUCCUCGAAUCGUUACUAAAGCAUCGCGGAAAAUGUACCAAAACGAUGAAGAGCUUCCCAUAAUCAGCUCUUCUCAGGAAUCCCUCGUCUCCCAAUCCCCUACUCUGACCCCGAAAGAAGAACCCACCACUGUCCCGGAAGUUCCCGAUGUCCAGGAAAUCUCCGACGCUUUCGAUGCCAGCGUGCAAAUUUCAGGACCCCGCCCGGAAGUGGCCCUCAAAGAAUUCCAAAAUAUUUCCAUCUGCGAGGACAAACCAGCGGAGGAAGUUCUCAAAGUGGAGGAUGAGGAGGAAGACCAAAUGGGAGAGCAGCCUGUGGGUGAGACAGAAUCGCCAACUUCACCCCCUGCGUCCCAGGAGUCCAACGAAGAUUCUAAUUCCAACAACAGUUCCACCACAGCAGAAGGACAGAAAGAUGCGAAAUCGGAACCGCAGGACGAUGCCAACAUUCGGCGAUCGUCGCGCAUCAAGACGAUCAGCUCCCAGAAGCAACGAACCAGUGGUCACGGGUUGGUCAAGGAUCGGGACAAACUGUUCAAAAAGACCACCAUCUCGCUGGGAAUAGACUCGAAGGUCGUAAAGGAUGCCAUCACCGGAAACUUCAACGUCAUUUCCGCUGGGGAUGUUUCGUCGGGAAUGGAUGUGUCGGCCUCCAGCGAGCAGGACGCUUAUGUGACCAACAUCGAACUGUCGGAGGAAUAUCUGCGGGAUAUGGAGGACAAACUGAGCCGGUUUGAAACUAUUCGGGAGAACAUGUACCACUGCGAUAAGGUCAUCAGUAAGGAGGCGAAGAAAAUGACCUGCGACUGUUUUCUGACAGGGGAGGAAAUCGACCGAGGAGAGCUGGGAUGUGGCGAGGAUUGUCUGAACAGACUGCUGAUGAUCGAGUGUGGAUCGCGUUGUAUCAUUGGCGAAAGGUGUACCAACAAGCGCUUCCAAAAGUUGGAAUACUCCAACUGCCAAGUGUUCCGAACGGAGAAGAAGGGUUUCGGUAUUCAGGCGAGUACCGAGAUUGUCCCAGGCGACUUUAUCAUGGAGUACGUCGGAGAAGUUUUGAACAGCGAGCAAUUCGACGAACGAGCUGAGUUGUACUCCAAGGAGAAGAAUCAACACUACUACUUCAUGGCGCUGAGAAGCGAUGCCAUUAUUGAUGCCACCACGAAGGGAAAUAUCUCUCGGUUCAUCAACCACUCGUGCGACCCGAACGCGGAAACCCAGAAGUGGACCGUCAACGGGGAACUGCGGAUCGGGUUCUUCUGCACCAAGUACAUAAUGCCCGGGGAGGAGAUCACCUUUGAUUACCAGUUUCAGCGGUACGGUCGGAGGGCGCAGAAAUGCUAUUGCGAGGCGGAAAACUGUACCGGCUGGAUUGGUGGAGAUCCAGGCAGCGAUGGCGAGUCGGAAUACGAAGACGAAGAAGAGGUUGAAGAGAGCGAAGAGGAAGAGGAGGAAGUGAAACCGGAAGUCCCAUCAGCUGUUCCGGCUGCGGCGGCUACGGAAACGUUAGUGGAAGUCCUUAAACCCGAAGAACCGAAGAUACUGGACGAGCAAGCAAAACCACUGGUAGAAGGAGAACCGGACGCUACCAAGCCGAUAAAAGUAGAACCGUCGCUUGAUAAACCACCGGAACCCAAGCCCAAGAAGGUACGGAAACGCAUCGAGCGUCCCAAAAAACGUCGCAUACAAAUUCACGAAGAUCCGGAUCUGGAGCAGGAGAUCAAUCACCUUCUCAAGACUGGCCUGAAGAACCAAGCGCAGACACUGAAACUGUCCCGUCUGAUGGUCCGCGCCAAGGAUAUCAAAUCCCGAAGCAGACUGCUGACGAUCCUGCAAAGUGGCGAACUACCAUGUCGACGGCUGUUCCUGGAUUACCACGGUUUGCGCCUGCUUUACGGAUGGAUCUGCGAGUCCACCGAAUCCAUUGAAGAUCUCAAAUUCCGCAUCCAGAUCCUGGACACGUUGGAUCGCUUACCCAUUCCGAACAAAACCAUGCUGAAGGACAGCAAGAUCCUUCAAACGAUCGAGAAGUGGGCCAAAAUCGAGAAGGCCAAGGAGAAGCCAAAAGAACCGGAGAAAGAGAAGGAAUCCAGCAGUAGUUCUCCCAGUGAUAGCAACGGGGCAGGAAGCGACAGCAACACCAGUUCCGAUGCCAAGAAACAGGAAGUGGUCGGCAGUGCUGAAGUGCUGAAAAACAUGCCAGAACUGUUGAAAAUUGCUGAUCUGGGAAAGCUGAAGGAGAUCAUCAGCAGCACCUGCUCGGAGAAAGAUGGUUCGGAUAAGGAGAAACCUUCCGCUCCAGCAGCCCCGGAGCCAAUCACCACCGUUCCUUCGACGGUUAGCUUGAUCGAAUCCAUCAAAAUCCCGGAACCGGAAGACGAAAAUGCCCCCGAAGAGAAGCGCCUCGGAACGCAAAUCCGCAUUCUCUCCUGCAAGCUGUUCAUCAGUUGGAUCAACCUGAAGGAAGUCUUCCGGAUCCCGAAAAAGGAACGAAUCGAACAGAUGAAGGUACACGAACGUGAAGCCGAUUUACGGUACAAAGCCCUGGGUCUCGGCGACGAUGACACAUCCUCACAACGGCAUUUAUCCAGUCGGUUCUUCGAUCGCUCGCGGGAACUCAAACGACGCAAAUCGAUGGACGACCGGGAACUGCUCAACUUCCCUAAAAUGAAGCGACCACUAAACACUGCCAGUCCGAUGGACUACCUCUCCAAACAGCAACGUCGCCAGCUGUUCGAGAUGAAAGUUGCCCACGAGGAAGCCGAACGGCGCAACAAGGAACUCUGGAUGCAGCACGAAACCAACUGCCUCAAGUUCGGCCUCAAUCCGCACCACACCAAUCCGCUGGACGUGCCGGCCAAAAUGAAUCCUGCCACCGGUGAGUAUUUCGCCGCCGACGAUCGCCCGCUCCCGAGACCGCCCAGUCACAUGUACCUGAAGAUCCAGCCGCCACCCAUGCCGACCAAUCCGGAGGACUACGAACUUCCCCAAAUGGAUUUGCCUCCGCUGUGGAAAUUUGCCAUUGAUGAACGGGGUCGGCUGUACUACUACCACGUUAAAGAUCGCAUUCCGCAGUGGGAACCACCGAAGAAGAACAAUCCGAACAAAGCGGGCCACGGGCUGCGCGACGAGGACAUUUCGAUGAGUUCGGACUCGAGCACAACCGACACCGAGGACUCGGAGGAGGAGUAUCUGAACACGCAGCUGGAGCAGCUGCUUAAGAAGAAAAAGAAACAACAGUCUAGCUUCAAUUUAG